CAAUAUGUCACUGCUAAUAUCUGUUCCCACCAAAUGGGAGUCUUACGGCUACCGAAGUGCCAGGGACGCUAGCCUAGAUCGAACACCGGUGACCGGGUGCAGUGGCGUUCUUAUUCAGCUCUCUUGUGGAUGUCGGGCUUCUGCUUUCGUACCCAACAGAGGUGCUAACCUUCAAUUGCAGAGGCUGGAGUGCUUUUAACCCCUGGGGAUGGAGCGGCAUGUGAAUGGAGCUAUGGCCGAGAAGCCAAACCCCGUGGACUACGGGGUUCAGAUCCGAUUCAUAGAUGACCUGAAGGAAAUGAAGAAGCCCCAGAAGAUCAGGCCCAAGCACUCCAAGGCAGGCUCCUACGGGGUCGCGGUGAGGGUCCAGGGCAUCGACGGGCAGCCCUUUGUGGUCCUGAACAGCGGGGCGAAAGGAGAGGACUCCUUCGGGGUGCAGAUCAGAAGCGAGAGUAAAUACGGGAACCUCGCUCCCAGCCAGUGGCCUGAGCAGCUGCCCCCUAACUCCCUCAGGGAAGGCCCGGGCUCCAUCAGCUCUGAUUCUGAGCUGCCGGAAAGCCGGUACGUGGCCAGACAUUCCCAGUAUAACUCCCAGUACAGCACCUCUGACGAGGAGCUGGGCUCCCAGCACUACCCGAGGGAGAGGAGGCCUGUCAGAGCUGAGGCAGCUCAUUCCUACCGCAGGGAUGGCUCCUCGUCCCCUCAGGACAGCUCCAGACAGCUGCCUCCCCAGAGGCCUUUUGGGGAGGAGCUGAGGAGGACUCAAUCUCACAGCUCUCUGUUAAGCCCCAAUUCAGAGGAGGGCUAUGGCCCAAGCCCUCUCAGCAUGCAGAGUGGGGGCACGUACCGAUCCCAGGCUCCAGCCAGUGCCAAGAGCAGCAGCACACUGGACAUUGCAGGCAGGAAAAGGACUGACCCCGGCCAGGAAUCCCGUGCAGCUACUGGACGAAGGUUUGUAGGCAAGCAGCCAUCGCCAGACCCAGAGUCCUCCGGGCCUCGGCAGCCAGCUGACCAAAGUGACAUCGACACGAAGCCGCUGUCCUCGGUGGAUUCCCUGAUCACGAAGUUCGAUGGGAAGGUUCAGCAGAGGGGCCGAGCCACCAGGAGAAGCCGGAUCUCCCCAGAGGAGAGGAAGCGGUCGCAGAGUCUCGACGGCAGGGUGUCCUACCACGACACGGCCGAUGCCAGAGAGCUGAGCUCCGACCAGCUCCAGGAUCGCCUCAGGGAAGGGCCGAAGCACCUGGCCGCCAAACAGCCUGGUGCAGCCAACGCGCCUCGCACCGGCAGCCUGAACCGAGUGCUCCGGGAAGAUCUGAAGAAAAACUCAGUCAAGGCCCAGCUGACGCGAGACUGGAGCCAUAAAAGCUUGGAGGAGCCUGUCGUUGAGCAGCAGCAAAGUCAAGUGCAAUCAGAACUGCAGCUUAAGUCCACUCCAGACCUUCUGAAAGACCAGCAGGAAGUCUCUCCACCUGGGAGCAGCGAGUACACCAAGGAACUGAUCUACAGUAUCCUGAAGGAUGGGAGCAAAGAAAGUGAAAGCUCUCUGAAGAGAAAAACCAACCUGAUGUUUGAGAAGAUCCAAGCACUCGCUGUGGUGCCUCCUGAGGACGCGAGAGCAUCUGUUUCCCAGAACAGUGAGCUGAAGAGGAAGGUGGAGGAGCUGCAGCGGAAACUAGAUGAAGAGACCAAGCUCCGCCAGAAAGCAGAGCAGGCCAGGAGCGGUGCUGCUCGGAACGUGGAGAGCCGGCUGGAGGAGGCGCAGGACGAGUGCAGGCGCCUUCAGGGGGCCUUGGAGAAGACGACCCAGGAGCUGAAAAGCCGCUUGCAAGAGCUGAUGGAAGUGAAAGUUGCCAGAGAGCAGGCAGAAGACAAACUGGGAGAUGUGGAAGAGCAGCUAAUGGGGAUGCACGAGGAGCUGGACAGGCUGCGGAAAACCUCGGUGGACUCUGCAGACCGAGACGAGCUCAUGAAGGAGCUGCUGGAAACCAGAGAGGAGCUGGAGGAGAUCCUCAACGCCAAACAGAAGCAAGAAGAACAUCUGCGGCAGCGGGAGCGGGAGCUGACGGCGCUGAAAGGAGCCCUGAAGGAGGAGGUGGCGAAUCACGACAAGGAGCUGGACCGAGUGACACAGCAGUACCAGAGCGACAUGGACCAGCUGAGGCGAAACAUGGAGGACGUGUCUCAGGACCAAGCCAGUCUAGAGAUCGAGAGACAGAAAAUCAACUCGAUAGUGAGGAACCUCCAGAAGGAGCUGGAGGAGAGCAACGAGGAGACCGGCCACUGGAGGGAGAUGUUCCAGAAGAACAAGGAGGAGCUGCGCAGCACCAAACAGGAGCUCAUGCAGGUGAAACAGGAGCGGGAGGAGUUUGAGGAGGAGCUGCGGGAGCUGCGGGAGCGGUUCUCGGCCAUGCGGGUGGAAGUGGACCAGGUCAGGAACAGCACCGUGGAUGCCGGCCAAGCAGAAGCCCUGAAGAAGGAGCUGCGUCAAGCCCAAGAGGAGCUGAGGGAGCUGGCUUCAGAGAAGCAGGCCCAGGACAAGCUGGUCCACCAGAGGGAGCGGGAGCUGGCCACCCUGAAGGGGGCGCUCCAGGAAGAGGUGGCCAGCCGUGACACGGAGGUAGAAGAGCUGAAGCAGCAGUUCCAGAAGAACUUGCAGCAACUCAGGAAGGACUACGACGAAGCUGCCAAGGUGAAGGUGGCCGUGGAGAGCGAGAAGGAGGCCACAGAGCAGAUGAGGAAGGCCGUGGAGUCCGCUCUGCGGGAGACACAAGAGGAGAACGACGACUUGAGGAGGAAGAUCCUGGGCCUGGAGAUGCAGGUCAAGGAGUACAGGCACUUCUCCGAGAACUGGGAGGGCUCGGAGGCCAGGCUCCGGGAGAAGAUCGGCAAGCUGGAGGCUGAUCGCAGACAGAUGGAGGAAUCCUUGGAGGAGGCGGUGGAGCAGGAGCAGGAGCUGCUGAUGGCCAAGAGGUCUCUGGAGAGCCGGCUGGAAGAGGCCCAGCGGAGUCUCAGCCGGCUGUCUCAGGAGCACCAGGUGCUGAACUCCUCGCACCAGGAGGAGAUGAAGCAGAAGGAGCAGCUGAGGAGAACCAAGAAUGAGUUGGAGGAGCAGAAGAGGCUGCUGGAUAAGACCACGGAGAAGCUGACCAGAGAGCUGGACCAGAUGGCCCAGGAGUCCCACCGCUCACUGGCCAUGCUGCAGUCGCAGCUGGAGGAGUACAAGGAGAAGUCACGGAAGGAGAUUGCAGAUUCCCAGAAGCAGGCCAAGGACCGCAGUGCAGAGGUGGAGAAGAUGCAGUUCACCAUGGGCCGGCUGCAGGACGAGAUCACGCGGCUGAAGCAAGCACUGCAGGACAGCCAGGCCGAGCGGGAAAGCACCAUGCUGGAUAAGGAGGUGCUGGCCCAGCGCCUGCAGAACCUGGAGCAGGAGGUGGAGUCCAAGAAACGCACCCAGGACGAUCGCUCUCGGCAGGUCAAAGCGCUGGAGGAGAAAUCCAAGCGCCUCGAGGUGGAACUGGACGAGGAGAGGAACACGGUGGAGCUGUUGACUGACCGGAUUAACCGCGGCAGAGACCAGAUUGACCAGCUGCGUGCGGAGCUGCUGCAGGAGCGCUCCAGCAAGCAGGACCUGGAGUGCGACAAGAUCUCCCUGGAGAGGCAGAACAAAGACUUGAAAAGCCGACUGGCCAGCUCGGAAGGCUUGCAGAAACCGAGCGCCAGUUUGUCUCAGCUGGAGUCGCGGAUCCAGGAACUGCAGGAUAAGCUUCAGGCAGAAGAGAGGGAGAAGAACGUCAUGGUGUCCUCGAACCGCAAACUGGAAAGGAAAGUGAAGGAGCUGACGAUCCAGAUCGACGACGAAAGACAGCAUGUGAAUGAUCAGAAGGACCAGCUGAGCCUACGCGUCAAGGCGCUCAAGCGCCAGAUGGACGAGGCCGAGGAGGAGAUCGAGCGCCUGGAAAGCGCCAGGAAGAAAGCGCAGCGGGAGCUGGAGGAGCAGCACGAACUCAACGAGCAGCUGCAGAGUCGCAUCAAGGCCCUGGAGAAGGAGGCCUGGCGCAAGGCCACCCGCUCGGCCACAGAGGCCUCCUUGGAAGAUGACCGCUUGAGCUCAGAUGAGGAGUUCGAUAGCGCUUACGGCCCGUCCUCCAUCGCCUCACUGCUGACGGAGGGGAACCUGCAGACCAGCUCGUGUUAGCAGCUGCCUGCGUGGGUCGUUAACUGGCUCCUGGGGUGCACCCUUUUUCCCACGGUCAGAACUGCUUCGGGUUCUUUGAGAGGCCGGCGCAGGGCGUCAUUCCACGGGGGAGCGUCCCCUACCUACUGACGUUCCAGUCCCUCUAGGAGGAAAAACAACAUCUUAGAGGCCAACGAUCCUUGGAUUGGAGUCGGCUGACACGUGCGUCCGUUCCAAAAAGCAGCUAACUGGAGAGGAGCCGGCAGAACAAUGUUUAAGCAAGAAGGUUUUCUGCUUAAAUUGGGAGGGAGGGUGGGGCAGAAUUGGGUGUUAAGCUCCCCAGAAAAUUCUAUUUAAUCUGUUUUUCUCUGUGAUUCUCAGGGCAUUGCUUAGAUAUUUCAUAUCUUAACCAAAUGUUUGUGUGUAUAUCGGGGGGUGGAAACAGAUGUGCAAUAAGGCAGGAUGAUAAACAAGAGGUGAACCUGUCUCUUCGGCCACAGCGGGAGUUGGCUUUUCCCCGCCAGAAGGGGAAGCGUGGUAGGUUAGUCACCAGCCAGAGUCUAGGAGACGGCCCGGGUGUGUGUCUGCUCAGAGAGUCUCUUUAAUGUCUAUAGAUGCCCUCACGGAGUCCUGGGUCUAAAAUCCAGAGGCUGCUUUUUCCAGGACUUUUGCAGCAGUCGUUUCUUCACGCCGUGUUAAAGAGAAAUUCCCGGCCAGCCCAUCAAUCCGUGUGGCCUACGUGCUGCUCUGCCCUUUUCUCCAUUCCUUGUGAGCACGUUGCUGCGCUGACAGACGGAUCUGCCUUCGUAACGACAGAGGAUGGGGAGUGGGAGCCUCCACCUUGUGAAACUCUACAGGGCUAGUGCGCUUGGGCAAGGGAUUCUGCUACCGCUUUUUUGGCCCUUUCCGUUGGCCCUGCUCUGGAGGAGGAGGCCAAGGAUUGGGGCAUAGGACAGGAAAAGUUUGCGAUCGCCCAGAUUGAACCCAAGGGUUCAUGGCCUGUAUGAGAGGAACUGGGGGGGUCUCGGUCCAGUCCCCAGCUGUCAGUGACAUUACCCUAAUCCCCUUCGCAGCUGGCCCACGGAGGAAGAAGUAACACAGGUUCUGGAAUAGCUGAGACUUUUAUCGGACACGAUAUCACUUUGUUGUUGAGACUGAUGAGUGUGAGAGCUUGCCCCCACCUCCGUCUGAGCCGAGCGAUCAAUCGCAAAAUGAGGCAAGAGCCCGGGGGUCCAUCCAGGGCCGGGCUGCCGGGCUGUCCUGCUGUCCACUCUGUGCUGUCCUGCAUAAAGGGACAUCCAGCCUCCAAUACAGAGUUAACAAGAAACACCUGGGGUCUGCCCGCUGGGGGCCCCUCCUAUCUUGCGCCUCUCCAGCAAUUUCUCGCUUCUGGUUUUUGGCAAUAAACCAGCCAGGGAAAGGCAACCCCCUGCGUUUGGAAGCACAUGUGCUGCAGAUGUUCAUGGAAAAGCAAGGGCUGUACCGGCCUUGAUGGGACGAGCAGCCACAUUCUCUCACCUGAGCUCCGUGUCCCCAAACACUGCUCCUACUUCACCCACCGAGUUGCGGUCAUGGUCAGUGGAGUGUGGGCUGGGCUGGGCUGUAAUGCAUCCAGGCUGUUCGGAGGGGAAAGAACAAUACGGGGCUAGCCCUGCUUGAGACCUGUGUAUCCUUAAACAGGAACCUGCCUGUCCGCUCCCAUUGAGCCUCAUUUUGCAGCUGAAUUUGCAUCUGAUCAUAAAGUGCCACUUUAUAGAUUGGGAAUAUCCGGGGUGCGGGAGAUCCACUAAGUGUGUGACCUUCCCCCCUCCACCCGCUUCUGUUGUGGGUUGAGCUGCUAACACCUCAGUCUCCCUCUGUUACUUUUUUAAACUUCACCAGCUCAGAGGUUUCAGAGCAACCUGCAGGUCAGGCCUUGACCGUCGUGCCUUAAUGGGGAAUGUCCAGUGGGGGAAACUUAGUCCAGUGAAUUUCUGCUUGGAAGGGAACUGGAGGUAGAACCUUUAAACGUGUCUCUGUUUUAAAGUAACCUACCUGAUUUAACACGCACCUGCCCCGCCCGCCCAAGGCAGCGAGACACAGGAGCAGGGGUGGGGAGGUGACAAAUACACCCUGGUGCUCGGUCUGAGCUCAAGGGCUAACAAAAAUCCCCACUGCCCAAAUAUAGCCAUUGCCUUGUCUUGCAUGAUUUCUGCUUCCAACAGGGGCCUUAUCUCUGGACGCUGCUUCGCUUGGCGUGCUGCCCUAGAGCAGGUCUCUGUAGUCACGCAGAUGAGGCGACGCUUUGGAUGUUUGUUUUUUGUCCUGACGCUUGGUUCGAACGUCUGCAGCUACAGGCCAGGCAGUUAGCAAAACGCCAUGGAAUAGCAAGUCCUCUGAGCUCUCAUCUGCUCCAGAGAGCCACUCUAAGACGCUUGCUUGGACCACUUAAGUAGCUGCCCCUAAUUGGGAACUCCCCAAGCUGCUGAUCUAGUUAUAAAAGGUGUUUGGCUCUAGUGUUUCCAGGCCAACCCCCAAGAAAACCGUAGAUAAAUUCUGCAGGAUGCAUCUCGGGUCAUUGACAAGCCAGUGCUGUCACCUUCUCCUGGGAGACACUGGUUCAGGGACACCUUGACAAUCUCUCGACCUACCCCAACCAGGUCCACCUCUGCACCAUGAGGCUUUCGGGAGGAAUUUGCUCAGGGAGCCAAGAUUGUUUUCUUGUUUCAAGGCUGCCGCCACUGAGGAAGAGUGGGCAGCGACUUAAGAAUCAAGGCUACAUCAUCAACUGGUGUGAAGGGGGGUAACUCCAUUGCCAUGGAUGGAAGACUGCGGAUCUGCACCAGCUGAGCAUCCAACCCCAGCUUUCAAACAGCUGGAUUUUCAGCUGAUCUUGGUGGCUUGGGUGUGUGUGUGCGCGGGUGUGUGUGUGUGUGUGUGUGUGUGUGUGUGUGUCUGUUGUUAGGU